GUUUUCUCCUUUGUUGGAACCAACUCCUAACAUUGUAGAAACAUUCUUUUGAGGUUUUUAACCAUAAACUCGUUCCCAGGAUAGUUUUUGUGUGACAACACGUAUUGUUCUCCAUACAUCAACAUUUCAAGAUGGUUUAUGUAACAACAUAAGAACUUGCGUACAUAAUGUUUUCUAAUGUCUUUAAAGUUUUUUAACCAAAUAUUAACGUUUCAGAGAGGGUUUUGAUAGACCGCAAUCUUUUGAUAUCAAUAAAUAUAUAAGCAGAGAUUCCGUAUGUUUGAGACGGCGCUUACAUAUAAAUUCGUGAAUAUCUCCUUUUCCUCAUACUAAGAAAUUGUGUUUCAUUGACGAAUUCGUCUAUCCACGAUAGAAGCCCGCAGCUGUGGAGUUACAGCGGCGCUCGGCCCUCGACAGAGGUGAAGGUGACUCGCCUGUUGGUGCGGGAGAUGCAGAGGAAGCGUCGCGGACGCUCGCUCGGCUCCGUCACAUCACUCUAAUCAUCGACGGCAGAGAAACAACAGCCCUCAUCCAAGGAUCGACCUCACCCUCGAAUCGAGGACAGACGGAUUAAAGACAUUUUCUCAGUGAGGUGGUUUUAUUCGUGGAUGCGUAUGCAUGUGUUCUGCACCGAACGGGCGAAAGAACCGCCCCAGAUCCGCAGCCAACAUUUUUCAAAUCGGCAAGUCUUCGAUGAGGGAUCCGGAGCGCCGGGAGAGCACCGAGAGCACGCGGAGAGCUCAGCGGGCGAUGGAUGACUGUAGAACGACCGUUCAGGAGUUCAACACUCUAGUGGCCCUCCAUCGUGAGCAGGUCAUCUCCAUAGGGGAGAAUACAAUCGACUGUCCUUCUUUAAGGGCACAGAUGCACAAGACUCGCAUCAAAGGAUGUGCCGUAGCCCAGGCCGCCUAUCAAAACCUUGAUGCAAUCUCUGGGCCAGAGGAUGGUGAAAUCCACCCAGAAAUAUGCAGGUUGUUCAUCCAGCUUCAGUGCUGCCUGGAGAUGUACAUUACAGAAAUGCUGAAGUCUAUGUGUCUGUUGGGUGUUCUGCAGCUCCAUAGGAAAGGUGUUGUGUCAAUGACAGCCAGCAGAGGACAGCAGAUUCUUUACAUAAGCAGACAUGAGUACAUAAAGCUAAUAUACUGCAUGGCGAAAUACUACUGGCAGGCUGAAGGAAAUGAUGCGUGUCCUGAACCAAAUAUGGACUGCAGAGUAGACGAAAGCUCUGAUGUGCCGAUGCUGGAAGAUCGUUCAUCAUCACCUGUAGAUUUUCCACAGGAAUCUUGGGUCGUGUGCGCAGACAUUGAGAACAUUGAGAGUGAUAUGCGAGAAAUGAGAAACCUUCUAAGCAAACUCAGGGAGACCAUGCCUUUGCCACUGAAAAAUCAAGAUGACAGCAGUCUGCUAAAUCUGACUCCUUAUCCACUGGUGAGGCAGAGGAAGAGGCGAUUCUCCGGGCUUUGUUGCCUUGUGUCUGGCUGAACCUUCAAUACUCUCAAGUCUUCUUUUCUGAUCAUUGAUCAAUUAGUGCUUCACUCAUCUCCUUUGUGUCUUUGGAACUGUUUCGCUAAUGUAACGUGUCCCUGGACAGUGUCAAAACUACUUAAUCACUUGUUGGAGGACAGAAUUCCCUUGAUUCAAAACCCUGCCUGUUGCGUUCUAAAGCAAAAUCAAUUGUCUAUUUUUAGUUACCAAGAGGUUCAUUCUUUGUCAUGUGCUGUGAAACCAUAUGAUUGUAUAAAAAAGCAAGUGAAUGAAGUGAAAUAAUAACAUCUGUCUCUGAUGUUCUUUUAUCAUGGUUAGAGUUGUCAGUAAAAGGGCACAUUUAGUUAUAGUAUUGCUGUUUUUCAUCUACCUGCUUCUUUUUUUUCUUUUUUCUUUUAUAUAAAUUUAGCCACUGUGCAAUGCUUUUAAUUUAGUCUUCCAUAAAGGGGAAAUGUUGUAAAAAAUUAUAUCAGUCAUUGUAAGGGCACAAGAGCGCUCUGCACUAAAGCCAUUGCUAUUUCAUUCUAAGCUUGAAACAAAUAUAACACAAUACAAUUCACAAUGUACAUAAUACAAAUAAUUGUAAAUAAAACAUUGUAUUUAUUAUAAUUGA